AUGAAGUUUGGACAUAAAUUGUCGGUUUUCGACUGGGAGGUGAGCAAUGCCAUUUUGGACAUGGAAGGUUUCCACAAGUUCACUGUAUAUCAAGAUUGUUUAAGGAACCCACAUGAGGUGAGGGACUACUCCCACUACAGAACAGGCGGAAUGAAGAAAGAUGACCGUCUUUGUGCCUUCAUCAUCUCUUGGAUUCUGAUGACCGUCUUUGUGCCUUACAAUUCAGUUCUGCAACAAAAGUCUUCAUAUACUAAAUUUUUGAAGGAGUUCCUCACAAAGAAAAGGAAGUACAUUGAAGAAGAAACUAUUGAAGUUCAAGGAAACUGUAGUGCUAUCAUACAAAAGCUCCUACCCCCCAAGUAUAAAGAUCCGGGAAGCUUCAAUAUUCCCUGCACUAUAGGGAAUAUCUCUGUUGGAAAAGCACUUAUUGAUCUGGGAGCCAGUAUUAAUCUCAUGUCGCUCUCCAUGUUUGAAAAGAUUGAGGAGUUUGAACUCAAGCCUACUCGGAUGACUCUUCAACUUGCAGACAGAUCUCUGGAAUAUCCUUAUGGGGUAGCUGAAGAUGUGCUUGUGAAAGUAGAUAAAUUUCUUUUUCCUGUGGACUUUGUCAUCAUGGAGAUGGAGGAGGAUGUGAAUGUACCUCUUAUUCUUGAGAGACCUUUAAUGAAGACAACAAAAGUUUUGAUUGAUGUGGAAAAUGGCAAACUAAAGGUGAGAGUGCAAGAUGAAGAAGUAAAUUUUGAUGUCUUUAAAGCCAUGUCUCACCCAAAAGAUGAUAAGGAAUGUUUUCAUCUUGAUGUCCUUGAUGAAAUUUGCAUGAUCCAAGAAAACAAUGCAAGUGAUACUCUUUCUUUGGAGGAAAUACUAGUUGACACUUUUGAAGAGCUGAAUGAAAAAGAAGAGGAACUAAUUGAUGAGUGCUUGACUGAUCUGGAAAAAUUAAAAAAGGAUCCUUUGCAAAAUACAGAAGAAAAAGCCAAGGAAAGCAAAAGGGAGUUGAAGAUGUUACCGCCACACUUGAAAUAUGUGUUUCUAGAAGAAGGUGGAAACAAACCGGAUGGAAGACCAUCAAGGAAUCACAUUGGACCUCCUAGAGCCAUGAAUUUGCUUUCCAGCUUUUAUGCUCUUAAGCCACCUCUGAUUUACUACUUCUUCUCCCUUCCUCAAGCUUCCUUCCUUUGUAGGAAGGCCCUUUGA